AUGGCACUGUCGCAGUGGAAGGAAGCUAUACUCGAAGGUGUAUUCAUGGAGAUUGAGGAAGGAGUCGUGAUGGAGAAGAAUCUCGAGAGGUUAGAGAAUCUAGUGGAGAUUCUACACAAAGAAGGUUCUAAAGUACCCAAAUCAGUGAAGGAAGCGUACUGUCAAGUAGCUGUUGAAUGCACAGCGAAGUGUCUCGCUUAUGAGAAAGAUGCAAAAGAAGCUUACACUGAAGCAAUCAGAUCGAUAUGGCUUCGCAGGAUUAUACCUCUAUGCGAUAAGGUUAGUUGUUUGGUUACUCGUGACCUCUUGAGUAGCUGUCGAAGAUUAUGGUCGGCCCACAAUGACGAAAAGGCUUGUGAGAAUCUGAAGGAUGAGAAUACGAGAGAUAAAGCUUUGGUUUCUUUGAGGAAGGUUGUUUCAGAGCUGCAUCCAAACUUUGAUUGUGCUUAUGAUGAUAGAAAUGAGGACAUGGAUGAAUCGGAAGAGUUGGAAUCUAGCGAAGACACUGGUGAGACAGAGCCAAUGGUUGAAGCAAGAGAAAUAGAGGUCAAUCAAACCGAAGCUGUGGAAGUAGAUCAAGAAGCUGCACUUGAAAGUCCUACUACUAAAGAGCCAGAAGCUGAAUCUCCACCCCGUCAAAUAAAGACCAUUUCCACUGCAAUUUUUAACAGAGCUCUCGCAGAGCUUAGAGCUUCUAAAAUCGACCUGGUGAAUGCUUUGAAAGAAGGACGAUCUUCAAACUUAAACAAUGAGAAGAUUAUAGAGCAAGAAAAUGACGUUGUUAAUCCUUCUGCAACAAACACUGGACCAAAGGCGAGCUUGAUGGAGCGGAGAAGCACAGCACACACUUUUGAGUGGGAAGACUCCAUUGAUGAUUCAGAUGAAGAAAUGGGUGAUGGUGGUGAAAAGAAUAAUAAAUCAAGUCGCAAAAAAAUUGUCGUGCCUCCUUUGAAAAGAAAACAAAGUGUAGAAGGUGCUAGAAGGAUAAACGUACCUUGGAGUACUGCAGAAACGCUGGCCGUACUGAAAGGCUAUGAAAAGUAUGGUGCAAACUGGAAGCGGAUCAAAGAUGAGUGUCCAAUUCUAGAGCGCAGAACUAAUGGUGAUAUUAAAGAUAAAUUUCGAGUUGAGAUGAAGCGUCAAGAGCGACAUCCUUGA